GUGUCCUUGGUCCAACCCUAAGUUGCUCCCGAUGGCAGGCUAGUGCCUUGCAUGGCAGCUCUGCUACCACUGGUGUAUGAGACACAGCGUAAAGCGCUUUGUACAUCCACUAAGGUUAAAAGGCGCUAUAUAAGUGCAGAUACAGCCAAACAUUUCUAGACACCAGGAUAUCAUAUCCGUAUGUGCUUUUUGAACAUCCCAUUCCAGAUUUAGUCCCCAUUGGAUGUUAAUUGAAACCCAUUUCAUGUUGAGGCAGUUUGGAACUCUGUAGUGAGUGAAAGCGAUACACUAGACGUUAUGUUUAAACACUAUGUGCUUCAGUACUCGGCAGCCACACUCUGUGAGUUUGUGUGAAAUCCACAGACACUUGCAUUUCACAAUAAUAGCAUUUACAGUACACUGGGCAGAUCUUAAUAGGGCAGAUAGUUCCUAAAUUGUCACAGCCAUGUUUAAAGUCACUGAACUCUUCAGUGCAAUCCAUUCUGCAUGCCGACGUUUGUCUAUUGAGACUGCAUGGCUUUGUGCUUGAUUUUAUACACUCCUUAGCAACGGGUGUAAGCUUAAACACCCGAACUUAAUAAUUAGACAGGGAUAUCCAGAUACUUUUGGUCAAAUAGUGAAGUAUGAUUGAAAACAUGACUAUUCUGGGCAGCAUCUGCGGGCAAAUAGAAAGGGCAAAAGGUGAGUGGUUACGUGAGCACAUAUGCUCAGUUCCCUGUUUAAUGUGUAUUGUGAAAAAAACCACCGCAGGAUGUUCGAGCGUUUCUGGUUUUUUUUUUUUCUUUUUUUCAGGUCAACUGUUUAUCUCUGAGAGCUCCUCAGUCACGCACAUGUGAGUCAUCAUAACAUGCUAAAGUAAAAUAAAGUUCUUGUUGCAUUCACUGAUACUGCAUGCCCUGAUGUCACACGCUAGAUGUGAAUGCUUUUUUUUUUUUUUUAGUGAAUCCAGGCUGUGAAUCCACCCAUGUGCCACAUGUUGAGCUCUUGGCUAGCCAAAACAACACAAGACAAUGGCAGUCUUCAUACACAUUUCGGGCUCGACUGUGUAUUAUAUAUUAUAUAUUAAUAUAUUACAGUUUUGUACCCUAUAUGUGACUACGUGUGUAGACCUGUGAUAUGAUAUUACCGCCUAAAAAGUGGGUUAGUGAAAUGAAACAUUCAGCGGCUGGUUUGAUUCGGGUUGAGGUCGGAUUACUGAUCGGAAGGUCGUGAGUUCAAAUCCCAGGACUGCUGAACUGUCACUGCUGAGCGUUUGAGUGAGGCGCUUAACCCUCAGUCGUAUAAACGAGAUAAAUGGAAGUCGCUCUUGAUGAGGACGUCUCCCAAACGCCAUAAAAGUAGAGCAAAGUGAGGGUUUCAUCCAUGUUUGCUCUACAUACAACUGUAUACACGGACAUACUGGGUGUUCCACAUGUCUAGAACUUACUGCCGCUUGAACCAUCUCAUCAUUUUAUGAUCAGUUUUGCAUAACAUAUAACAAUGUGAUGAUUUUGAACGAGGAACUGAUGCUUCAAAUUCAAGAUAUUGCGUAAUAAAACAGACAAAAUAAGAUGAGAUGAGUCUAGACUGCGUUAGAGUGUAGAGAGAAAAACAGGAUGUCUCUAAUGCAAAAGAGCUCAAGUUUGUCAGAGGAACUAGGCUCCAAGUAGCAUUUGAUUUAGUUCCAGAGUCCUAAUAAUGUGCCUAAGACAAGCCCGUGACAGGGAAAAGAACUUUCCUAUGAUAUUUUUGCAAAAGAGAAUCUGCAACCACUGGACAUCACAUGCGUCCGUGCGAGUGCGUGACUGACAAGAAAAAUCAACAAGAAAAGGAGAAGGUAAUAAGAAGAUUGCGUGGUCAUUAUUUUUGGUGGUUCCCUGUCUGUUAAACCAUCUGUGAAAACAAUACGUCAAUAGAGAAAACAAGAGUGCCAGUAGGUCAAAGGUCACACUUCUCUCUCUCUCUUUGGGUUCAUUAACAAGUUAAAAGUGUUUGUCAUGCCAGAUGUUAAUACAACACCUGUUAACAAAAGGAUUCUUUCUUUUUUGGUGAACUUUACGAACAUUACGACUUACUCUAUUCGUAGGGUACAUUAGUCAUUUGGGUUGAAAACAAUGCGAUUGUAAGAUAGUUUUAUAGACGACUCUUUUUUAAAAAUUAUUAUUAUUAUUAUUAUUUUAAAAAAUGGUUCUAAAUAGGAAGCUAAAUCACGCCCAAGCAAUUGUACGGAAUUGAGCGCAAAUUUCCGAAAGGGAUCCUUUAAAUUUCCAGGACACCUGCAACAAGCCCAGACUUGUAUUCCUCCCUCUGUCAACUACAUAUGCUUUGUUUUAGUUAUUCCAAAACUAUUAUUACUGUAAUUAUUUAUUACUGUAAUGCCUUACUGUCUGGAUGUUCCAGUAGGAAUAUAAAUAAGCUCCAGUUAGUCCAGAAUGCAGCUGCUAGAGUCCUAACUAGAACUAGAAGGUACGACCAUAUCACACCGAUAUUAUCAAUACUGCAUUGGCUCCCAGUAAAAUCUCGCAUUAACUAUAAAAUACUUUUAUUAACCUAUAAAGCACUAAACGGUCUCGCGCCACAAUAUCUAAGCGACCUUUUGGUUUUCUAUGAUCCGCCACGCCUACUUAGAUCAAAAGAUGCAGGCUAUUUGACGGUACCUCGAAUAGAGAAGGCUACAGCAGGGGGAAGAGCUUUCUCUUAUAGAGCCCCACAGUUAUGGAACAGUCUUCCUAUUAGUGUUCGGGACUCAGACACAGUCUCAGUGUUUAAGUCUAGGCUUAAAAGUAUUUGUUUACUCAAGCCUACCCUGACUAGAUUCUGUUCUACUACUUCGCAGUCAUAAUAAUCUUUUUUCUCCCUCUCUCCUUUCGCCGAGCCCCACAUGAAUUUAUGGAGAUACUAGAGAUCCAGAUCCUUUCUGCCUCUGGAUGGAGCUCAAAUCUUCUCUAAUUCCAGACUGCUGGGACUACGGCUGCUCCUAAGGCCAUACAGACUUCAUAUAAAUCCAUAAUGAACUUUUUCACACUAUCUGUUGUUACCCAGAUGAGGAUGGGUUCCCUUCUGAGUCGGGUUCCUCUCGAGGUUUCUUCCUCUUAAAACAUCUUAGGGAGUUUUUCCUCGCCACCGUCGCCACUCAGUGGCUUGCUCAGUUGGGAUAAAUUCGCACCUUUAAUAUCUGUAUACCAUGUUGAUAUUUCUGUAAAGCUGCUUUGAGACAAUGUCUAUUGUAAAAAGCGCUAUACAAAUAAAAUUGAAUUGAAUUGAAUUAUGAAUUAUUCAGUAAUAGUGUGCUUCAAGAUGCAUAAGCCGAUAAUAAGACGAGGCUUUAAGGGGAUGAUGGUUCGAACAAUACAUCUGUUGGUACAUAUUAAAUAAUGAACUAGUGUCUUUUUGCUUUACCCAAUCAAAAAUGCAGUUCAGUUUGAAUAAUAUACAUAAUCAUUAUGGUUCUACAGUCAGCAUGAAUGAUUUAAAAUGACGAAUGCAAUCUAGCACAAUCUCUUACAUUAACAAAACAAAAGCCACAUGAUACGAAUAAUAAUAAUACCAAUCAUACUAAAGUGCUCUUAAACCACUUUAUCAGAAUCCAGGUUCUUAUGAUAGUUCUAUGUUAAUCCCCUGAUUUGUCUCGAUCGUUAUUCAUUUUAAUAUAGAGCUAAAACUGUGACUAAUUUCUGUAAAUAUGUAUGGCCAAACUGCAUACUACAGGAAAAGAGAAAAAAACACACGUGCGUCACACUGUGGUUAAUCCGAGCCCUUAAAAGCUUCUGCAAAACACGGCUUCACAACACAACUUCAACAUCGAGCAUCUCUCUCGCUCUCCUCGACGUUUCUCUUACCGUGAACUCACUCCGGAGCAUCUGACAACAUAAGUGUUCAGAGAAUUAAAAAUGAUAAACAUGACUGACACUUUGGCUGACUUCUUAUCAACAGUCUCUCCAACAGAUGAUUAUGGCAGUGGUUCUGGUACUGGCGAUUAUGACUUUGAUAGCCCGUGUGAUAAGAGCAUCGUGCGACGCUUUCGCAUGUACUACGAACCCCCUUUGUACUUGCUCAUCGUCACUCUGGGCUUCGCGGGGAACCUGCUGGUGCUCUGGAUCUACAAGCACUUCAAGAAUCGCUUGAAGACCAUGACAGAUGUAUACCUGCUGAACCUAGCCUUGGCUGACCUGCUCUUCUUGUGUACGCUUCCCUUAUGGGCGGUGGAUGCCAUGAAGGGCUGGGCAUUUGGCACGGCUCUGUGCAAGAGCACAUCGGCAGUGUACAAGAUCAACUUCUUCAGCAGCAUGUUUCUCCUGACUUGCAUCAGCGUGGACCGGUACGUCUCGAUCGUACAGAGCACCAAGGCGCAGAACUCCAAGGAGCUGCGUCUGACCUGCAGCAAAGUGGUGUGCGUGUUUGUCUGGCUCCUGUCCAUCAUAUUGUCCAUUCCAGAGUUUCUCUUCGCCCGGACCAAAGUGGACCCCGACGGCAAUCAUUUUUGCACCAUGGUCUACUGGAACAAUGAAAACAACCACACAAAGAUCCUGGUCCUGGCUCUUCAGAUCAGCAUGGGCUUCUGUAUCCCACUCCUAGUCAUGAUCUACUGCUACUCGGUCAUCAUUAGAACCUUGCUCAAGGCCAAGAACUUUGAGAAGCACAAAGCACUGCGCGUCAUCCUGGCAGUCGUGACCGUGUUUAUCCUUUCUCAGCUGCCGUACAAUAGCUUGCUGGUGGUGGAGGCAACGCAGGCAGCAAACACCACCAUCACGGACUGUGCCGAGGCCCAGGGCUUUGACAUCGCCACCCAGGUCAUGAAGAGUCUGGCUUACAUGCACAGCUGCCUCAACCCCUUCCUGUAUGCCUUCAUUGGGGUGCGCUUCCGAAAAGACCUGAAAAGGCUGUACAGAAAGUACGGAUGCACGACAUCCAAAUCCGGCAAACACGGAGGUCCACUUCGCUCUUCUGUCAUGUCCGAUACAGACAGCACCAUGGCUUUCUCGCUGUAAGCUCCGCCUUGGGACAGUAUUAGUGCACGAGUUCAGGAAUGAGUUCUCAAAGCUCAUGAAUCUGUGACUCGUGACAGAAAGACAGAUUUCUUUUAAGUAGGUGUGCACGAAAGCUGCCUCAGAUGUAUGCAGCAUAGAUCUGCCCAACACUGAGGUCAGUGAAAAGAGCUGUGUAUGUGUAAAAGCCUGUGAAUAAGGAAUAACUACACAGAAUGUACCGAGUGAUGGUUUAUUAUUUUUUUUCCUGUUAAUAUGAUGUAUUAAAAAGAAGGCUGUGUUCCUUCAAAGCUAUGUAAAUAACAUUGAAGUGAUAUCUGUGACUUUAUUAUGAUUUGUAUGCCUCCAGGUGUCUCACCAUUGUUUGUUGCAAGUGCAAGAGCUUGUAUUUCGGUAUGCAUUUUCAUUUUAUCCUCAAAGUAUUCCAUGGAAUUCACUGUAAUGCAAAACUGAACCAACGUGUCUGUGUGUAUAUAUAUAUAUAUAUAUAUAUAUAUAUAUUUCAUGCGACUUUUUUGUACUAAGGCUACAUUAAAUUUCAGUUUAAGCCAA